AUGAAGCUACUCAUAUCCUGUUCUUUAUUAUUCUUAAUAUACUUGAUAAGUCUUUCAAUCGCCGAAGAAAUUCAAUUUUCAAGAGUAAAACGAUACAAGCCUGACAUCGGCGACGAACUUAUCGAGACCGAUCCACCACUUACAUCCACCGUCAUCUUCGACGAUGUUGAUACCUCACAUACAGCCCCCGCCGACAAAGGCGGCUCCAAAACAUCUCUAGAAUUAUUCAUAGAACCCACAGACUCAGUAUCCAAAUCCACUGAAUCCCCACCUUCCGAAACCCUAAAACCAACAAAACCCGACGCUUCAAAUUCAAAUACAGACGACUCUCCGCCACCUCUUACAGAUUCUGACUCCGAUUAUAAUAAUUCUACCUCCAAUUCAAACAGCACCUCCAAAAAACCAACCGGAAAGCCCAAACCUUCCUCCUCUUCCUCCGCACCACCAGAAGACGUCGUCGAAGAACAACCACCAGAAACAACCACCGCCUUCUUCCAAAAACUCGUAAAAGUCCACAUAAACCCCACCCAAGCCCCAAACUACCCCACAAAACCCACAAACUACCCACCAUUCGCAGACUACGAACAGGGUAUAGUCUACGUCAAGGGUAUCCCCCACCAAAUCCUCGCCGCGGAUACGAAUUACAAUCGUCUAAAGCAGGCAGAGGACGGUAUAGGCUGGGAGGAAGCGGAUAAGAAGGAUGAUAAACAGAAACAGGAGGAGUUAGAACAGGAGUUAGAGCAUCAGGAUAGAUUGGUUGCUGGGGGAGCUGGGGGCGAUGGUCAUGUGGUUUAUAGUGCUGAUGUGACGAGUGGGGAGGAGAAUGCGGUUAAGAAGGCUGUGUUUUUUAGUGUUAUUGCGGCGGGGAUAAUUACAAUUGGAUUGUUGGCUUUCUUUGGGGUGUUUUAA